AUGGCAAAUCGCUCUCAAGGGAUUCACUUCCUUAAAAGUGACGAGCUCGAUGAGCUGUUCGACUAUCAGCCCAGCGUCACCUCGGUGUCCGAGUUGAGCGAAGAUGAAGAUGCCGAUACCGGCAGCAAGGCUUCAACGGAUCGAAUUGCCAAGCAGACCGGGUCGACGAGAGUGCUGGAUCUCGGCCAUGUCCUGAGAGCUCCGCGAGCGGCGCAGUACUCAACGAGGGCGGUCUACUCGAUGGUCAAGGACGAGAUUGUCGAUCUCGAGCCCGAGUAUCAGCGUGGUUUUGUAUGGUCAAUCGACAAGCAGUCAGCCUUGAUCGAGUCGAUCAUGCGGCAUUUUUACGUUCCGCCAGUUAUGCUGUCCGUACAACAGAGCAAAGACCCCAAAGACGAAACCACGUACGUUUGUAUCGACGGUAAGCAGCGUAUCUCGUCGAUAUGCGCGUUUCUCGAUAACCAGAUCCCCCUCAGAGAGCCUUCCACAGGCUACAAGUUUUGGUACAAGGAGGAUCCUGCCAACGGCAAGACACUCGCACUGACAGCAGCUCAACGACGCAAAUUUGACAACGAGCAGCUUACCAUUGUCGAGUUUGAAGGCUUAACCGAUGAAACGGAGCGAGAUCUCUUCCGCCGUGUGCAGAUGGGUGUCACGCUUUCGGCGGCCGAGAAGCUUGGUGCUCACUUGGGAGCAUGGCCUGAAUUUAUCCGACAGAUGGUGAAGCGCUAUAUGGAGCCAACGCCUUCGCUCGUGCACGACGAGAGCGGAAAUAGCUUUCUCCUCGUCCAUCGCGGCAAGGACUAUUUGUUUAUGUCACAGAUGGCGUUGCUCAUCCUUUACUCGGAUAUCGAUCAUUACUUGCCUCUUGUCAGCACCAUCGAAACUUUCUUCAAGCGCAACAUCGAUAGUGGUCCGUCGCGCACAUUUCGUCAAAACAUGCAGCGUACUUUGAAAAGGUAUCUUGCACUGGCCACGCAUCCACGCUAUGGCGCGUGCAUCAAGCCCGAGAUUCAGCUCAAUAACCUCGGGCGCCACGUGACAAAGCCACUGUCGCCGGUCGAAUUCGUUCACAUUGGCUUGCUGAUCUUCAAGUUCCCAGACGCAUCCGUGUCGCAGCUGUUCGAGUUGGUACAGGGGUUUAAGGAGCAUCUGCGUGCACAGCCCAAAGAGGCAAAGUUCACGCGCGCCAUGGCCACCACCAUUCACCGAUACAUCAACACUGCCAAGUUGGGCGCGGACGUCGAACCAUCCGCGCACAGUUCACGCCCAAAGCGCGCCCGUCAGGAGGAAUCAUCGGAUAGCACAGACCAAGACUCGGACCAGCCAAUGCUGUUCCGCCAUAGAAACGAUCGCAGCACCGGCCUCGACCACAACCCCAAAGCCGGUCUCUUCCUUGGACAGACGAGCGAAACUCCCUCCCGAAACCCUCUGACCAACCAAAAAUCUCCUCCUUCUCGUCGCUAG